GAAGAACGGGACAUGAGCACAGGGACACGCAAACUCCCGUGACCAGAUCAUCAUCCCUCCUCACCCUUUUGCAAAUGGAAUCUCUAAAUAUGGUCACAUGGUAAUAUCCCAGCCAUACACCUACCUAUAGGUCGCUGGCCAACGCGCGUGCGUGCGUGCACGCUCUUCUCCUCCAGAACGGCGCGCGGCGAGGGAAAAGCGGGAUAAAAAGGAGAGCUUUAGCUCUAGGGGGGGACAAAAGAAGCGAGAGAAGAAAGCCUAUAAAGGCACACAACAGCGUGCCAGGGGAGCUCGGGGCACCGCGCUGCUUGCUAGUACACUACAAAGAACCAAGGUGCGAUUUCGCGAGCUCUAGCUAUAGCAACAAGCUUCAUUCCACUUGGCCAUUUUCCCAUAUCCUGGUUCUGGAGCUCGUUCCUUGGGCUAAGGCUUUUUGAUGCACCUGUGGUCAUAAUCAUCUCGUGAACUAAACUUUUCAGGGAGUUGGCCGGACACCUCUCAUUUGCCAUCAAUUCUUAUUAGUAUUAUUCUAGUUGGUGUAGUAUUUGGAGUCUUCAAGCCUUUGAAUUAGCUCACCAAGAACAAGUCCUAUGGAAGAAAGCUCCAUGAAAAGAGAAGUACUUCCUCAACUCCUAGAUCUUAUCCCAGACAGGAAAGAAUGGAGUCUGAGAGGAGCACCAGGGCCGGGCAGAUCAAGAAACACAGGUUUCGGAGGUGAUGAGGACGAUAAACUGGAGCUGAAGCUUGGUCUUCCUGGUCUCGCAGAAGAGGAGACACCAGCUACCUCAAGAGAGAACAUGAUACACCAAGAGCGCCCAGCUCUCUCCCUUGGAUACCUCCCUCUACACUCCAUGACCACGGCCAGCACUACGACAACCGGAGCAAAGAGGGGAUUCCUAGACACAGUUGAGGCCAAAGCAGAAGGUUAUAACGAGCAGAAGCAGCAGGCAAGAGCAGCAUGUGGGAAGGAACUGACAGUGGAGGAAAAUACAGCAGCCGCGAGUGAGAGGAAGAAAGGGUGCUGUCCCCCACCACCAUCGCAUGCCCCUCCUGCUACACCUGCGCGCAACAACGGCAACAGACCACCAGCGCGAGGAAGAGGGGCUGCAGUUCCAGUGGUUGGUUGGCCUCCAAUCCGAUCAUUCAGGCGAAACCUUGCUACAAGUACUUCAUCCAAACAGCCCCCUGAACAACAAAAUGGUGAAGCGGAUGCAAAGGUGAAGCUGAACUGCAACAAAAGCCCCCUCGUAAAAAUUAACAUGGAUGGGAUCCCCAUUGGAAGGAAAGUAGAUCUUGCAGGAUGUGACAGCUACGAGAGACUUUCAUUGGCUGUCAAAGAGCUCUUCCAUGGUUUUCUUGAAGUUAUGUAUGACCAUGCUGCAGCACAAAGGGAACCAUCUAGUGCUGAAAGUGCACAGCAAGGGGCAGACAGAAAAAUAUUUUCGCAAUUGCUGGACGGGUCCGGUGAAUAUACCCUAGUUUACGAAGACAAUGAAGGAGACAGGAUGCUGGUUGGUGACGUCCCUUGGAAUGUGUUCGUCUCAACUGCUAAAAGGCUGAGGGUUUUGAGGAGCUCAGAGCUUUCCCGUGCCCUGAUUGGAUCUGCGUCUGAGAGAGAAGAAAAAUGCUAAAACAGCAUCAGCUUUUCAACCAUUCGGAUUGUAGCUCACUGAAGCCAGUACGUCAUCAUCCUGUUCAGAUUGUUUGAAAAACAAAAAUCCUUUUUUGGGAUUACUACCCUCUAUUUUUGCUUGUAGAGAGAUGAAUUAGCAUACUGCAGAUGUAUGGCGAUGUCCUGCCUAUUUUGUAAAUUAGGCUACCUUGUAAUUUUAAUGCUACGGUUCUUGAUUUGAAUUACAUGAAUUUGGAGUUUACAGGGGUGAGCUGCAUAAGUAGAUCAACGGCUCACCCCUGUAAAGUGCCUCUUAUGUCUGAUAAAUUUGCAUUCGCUCCUGCUGUAACCUGACAUACAAAUAUAAUGUUCAGGACAUAGAGGCCAGCACCUAGGCCGUCCUGAUUGCAUCA